CGGAAGUAAACAGCUGUAGCUUCAUGUUUAGUUUGCACUAGUUCUGUUAUUCACUCACUUCUGAUAUUUUAUUCGUUUCAUUAAAAUGGACAGAUUUGUUUGGACAAAUGGACUCCUUGAAAUGAACGAAACGUUAGUAAUCCAGCAAAGAGGAGUGAGACUUUAUGACGGAGAAGACAAGGCUAAACUUGAUGCGGGAGUCGUUCUUCUUAGUACUCAUCGCUUACUCUGGAGAGACCAAAAGAACAAUGAAUGCUGUAUAUACAUACCCUUGUCACAAAUCAUUUUCUUUGAGGAGCAAGCAGCAGGCAUUGGAAAGAGUGCCAAGAUUGUCAUUUACCUGCACCCUGCCUCUGAAAAUAAGGAACCAGGCCCUUACCAGCAAAGCAAGUACUCCUAUAUAAAGCUGUCCUUUAAGGAGCAUGGGCAGAUUGAGUUUUACAGACGUCUAACAGAGGAGAUGACUCAGAAACGAUGGGAGAACACACCUGUGUCACAGCCGAUCCCCACAGGAACUGGACCCAAGGCAGGAAAGACACGUGCAGUGGGGAUUGUGGGGAUAGAACGGAAGUUGGAGGAGAAAAGGAAAGAGACAGAUAAAAACAUUUCAGAAGCCUUUGAGGAUCUCAGCAAACUGAUGGAAAAGGCUAAAGAGAUGGUGGAGCUCUCUAAAUCCAUUGCCAAUAAAAUCAAAGACAAACAAGGUGACAUCACAGAAGAUGAGACAAUCCGUUUCAAGUCUUAUUUGCUGAGUAUGGGCAUAGCCAACCCAGUGACCAGAGAGACACAUGGCUCUGGCACACAGUACCACAUUCAGCUUGCCAAACAGCUGGGAGACAUGCUGCAGGCCCCACUGGAGGAGCGUGGAGGAAUGAUGGCUCUCACUGAAGUGUACUGUUUGGUGAACAGAGCCCGAGGAAUGGAGCUUCUCUCGCCAGAGGACUUGGUCAAUGCCUGCAAGAUGUUUGAGUCGCUUAAGCUCCCUCUGCGGUUGCGAGUGUUUGACAGCGGGGUGAUGGUUGUUCAACUCCAGUCUCACAGUGAGGAGGAAAUGAUUGCCUCAGCAUUAGAUAACGUGUCUGAGAAGGGCUCCCUCACAGCAGAAGAGUUUGCCAAGCUGUUAGGACUCUCUGUUCUCCUCUCAAAAGAGAGGUUGUUAUUAGCUGAAAAAAUGGGCCAUCUAUGCCGAGAUGACUCUGUAGAAGGUCUGCGUUUUUAUCCAAACUUGUUCUGACGCAUGACACUGAUAAAAUAUUGACCCUGGCUGACUUUCAGCUGCUUCCUGUUGGAACCAGAUCCCGCUCAGAAGACAAGUGAUAACCGAUUAGCCCUCGCUCUGGACACAGGAGGCUCCAACUUUCCACUGUCAAUGGAGUCUUUAUGAAUAUUGGUUAUGUACUUGCGUGUUACCGCACUCCUUACUGUUUUGCCUAAACCUGACUGUAUGAGAUAUGUUCAGACAGCUCACUGUGUAACAUGUUUAGUGAUUUCUUCACAAAGAGGACGGAAUAACAGUUAAAUAUAUGAAUGUUUUUUAUUUAUGUGAUGGAUGCAGAGAUUAUAAUGAUGUAUUUGGAAUCAAGUUGUGAUUCCAGCACAUGUUCAGUGCUGUUAGACUGUCUUCAUAAACCUUUCCAGAACUACUGGAUACUUCAUACUUAAAAAGUCAUUCACAUAAAGACAUUGUAUGAGGAAAGGAGAUAAGGAAAUAUUUUAUGAUUAUUAAAUGCAGAAAAACUUCCAUUGAAACAUUGAAAAGAGAAGUGAUGCAUGUCUUUGCUAAUUUGAAAACCGUUUCGAUUUGCACCUCAUAAGAGCAUGCAGUCUUCCAAAUUUACAGUAUAUCGGACUGUUGU